UUUCCCUUUUAUCCCCCUAGGUUUUUUUUUUUUUUUUUUUUAAACACACACCCGUCAGUCCAGGAUGGCUUCAGCGUCAGUGAAGGUGGCUGUACGAGUGCGACCUUUCAACUCCCGAGAAACCAAUCGGGAUGCCAAGUGUGUGAUCCAGAUGCAAGGCAACUCCACUUGCAUUACUAACCCUAAGCAGCCCAAAGAUGCACCCAAGACUUUCACCUUUGACUAUUCCUACUGGUCACACACCACGGCAGAAGACCCAGACUUUGCCUCCCAACAACGCGUCUACAAGGAUAUCGGUGAAGAGAUGCUACUGCACGCAUUUGAAGGCUACAAUGUCUGCAUCUUUGCAUAUGGCCAGACAGGUGCAGGAAAAUCCUACACUAUGAUGGGACGGCAGGAGCCCAACCAGCAGGGUAUCAUCCCACAGCUCUGUGAAGAUUUGUUUAAAAGGAUCACAGACAACAAGGACCCUGAAUUGUCCCAUUCUGUGGAGGUUUCCUACAUGGAGAUUUACUGUGAACGGGUGCGGGACCUUUUGAAUCCCAAGAGUCGCGGCAACUUGCGUGUGCGUGAGCACCCCAUCAUGGGCCCAUAUGUCGAAGAUUUGUCCAAGCUGGCAGUCACCACAUUCUGUGACAUUGCGGACCUCAUGGACUCUGGCAACAAGGCCAGGACAGUGGCAGCCACAAACAUGAAUGAGACCAGCAGUCGCUCCCACGCUGUCUUCACCAUUGUGUUCACACAGAAGCGGCAUGACAGUAUGACCACCUUGGAUACUGAGAAGGUUAGCAAGAUCAGCUUGGUGGAUUUAGCUGGAAGCGAAAGGGCAGAUUCUUCAGGGGCAAAGGGCAUGAGGUUAAAGGAAGGUGCCAACAUUAACAAAUCUUUGACUACUUUAGGCAAGGUGAUCUCCGCCCUGGCAGAGAUGCAAUCCUCCAAAAAGAAGAAAUCUGACUUUAUUCCUUACCGAGACUCUGUGUUGACUUGGCUUCUGAAAGAGAAUCUUGGCGGAAACUCGCGCACGGCAAUGAUUGCAGCUCUCAGCCCUGCAGACAUCAACUAUGAAGAGACCCUCAGUACUCUCAGGUAUGCUGACCGUGCCAAGCAGAUCCGUUGCAAUGCAAUUAUCAACGAGGACCCGAACGCUCGACUAAUCCGUGAACUAAAGGAGGAGGUAAACCGGCUGAGAGAGCUGCUUUUCUCCCAGGGCCUGUCCACCUCCUUGUUGCCUUCUACUACCAGUGUAGCUGCAGAAGUGAAUAAUAACACAGCUACCGUUGGCCCUAUCGCCCCUGAGCUACAGCACAGCAUGAAUUCUGAGAUGAACCUAGCUGAAUCCAUACCUUCUGACAUGGCUGACAACUACUCAAGCUUGGAAGAACAAGUCUUCACAAAGGAGGAAACCAUUGAUCGUCUGAAGGAAACUGAAAAGAUUAUUGCAGAGCUAAAUGAGACCUGGGAGGAGAAGCUGAGAAAAACCGAGGCCAUCCGCAUGGAAAGGGAGUCGCUGCUUGCUGAGAUGGGAGUUGCCAUUAGAGAAGAUGGUGGGACAGUGGGAGUCUUUUCUCCAAAAGGGACUCCUCACCUGGUGAACUUGAAUGAAGAUCCUCUGAUGUCGGAGUGCCUACUGUACUACAUCAAGGAGGGUAUAACAAGAGUGGGGCAGGAAGAUGUAGACAUUCGACUCAGUGGCCAGUUCAUUGCGAAGCAACACUGUGUGUUCCAUAGCCAGACUAAUGACAAUGGAGAAGUGGUAGUGACACUGGAGCCACUAGAAGGAGCUGAGACAUAUGUGAAUGGAAAGCAGAUUACAGAACCCAUCAUCCUAAAGCAAGGAAACCGCAUUGUGAUGGGCAAGAAUCAUGUGUUCCGCUUCAAUCAUCCUGAGCAGGCCCGUCAGGUCAGGGAACGGAAUGCCUCUUUGGAGCAGCAAGGGGAGCAAGUUGACUGGAACUUUGCCCAAAAGGAGCUUCUGGAGAAGCAGGGAAUUGAUAUCAAACUGGAGAUGGAGAAGAGACUGCAAGAUUUGGAGAGCCAGUACAGGAGGGAAAAGGAAGAGGCAGAUCUUCUUCUGGAGCAGCAGAGACUGUAUGCAGAUUCUGACAGCGGUGACGAUUCAGAUAAGCGAUCCUGUGAAGAGAGCUGGCGCCUGAUCUCUUCUCUACGUGAAAAGCUUCCUGCUAAUAAGGUGCAGAGUAUCGUAAAGAAAUGUGGACUGCCCAGCAGUGGCAAGAAGAGAGAACCAUUACGGGUCUACCAGAUCCCCCAGCGACGUCGUAUUAGCAAAGAUCCCAAAUGGGUGACGCUAGCCGACCUCAAGAUGCAGGCAGUCAAAGAGAUCUGCUAUGAAGUAGCUCUUAACGACUUCCGUCAUUCACGACAGGAGAUCGAAGCCCUCUCAAUUGUGAAGAUGAAGGAGUUGUGCCGCAUGUAUGCCAAAAAAGACCCACAGGAGAAGGACACUUGGCGAGUGGUGGCACGUGAUGUGUGGGAUACAGUGGGAAUUGGAGAAGAAAGGGCAGUUGGGGAAGAUGGAGAAGCAGGAAAAGCUAAUGUGGAUAAUCUCAAAGCUCAUAUUGACAAGCUAACUGACAUCCUGCAGGAAGUGAAGCUGCAGAAUAACAUGAAAGAUGAGGAAAUUAAGGCCCUGAGAGACAGGAUGAUUAAGAUGGAGCGGGUCAUCCCAUCAAUUAGUGGGCAGGACGAGGAAUUUAUAGAUGACAUGGCUAACAGCGAUGAUAAUCAUAGCGGUAUUGGUGACAGGAGUUCAUCCCCUGUGUUCAAGAAAGUGGCUAUAAAGGACUACAUGAUGGAAGACACUGAAGGAAAUGGCCAGCAGAGUAGCUUAGAAAAUGAGGGCUUCUUGGAGGACCUUUCUAAUCAGGAGCGUGUCACCAAACUUAUGGAAGAGGACCCCGCCUUCCGUCGUGGGCGGUUACGCUGGCUCAAACAGCAGCAAUCCCGCAUCCAGAACUUGCAGCAACAGCAAAUUGCUAAGCAGUUGCGCAAGAGAGUCCAUGCUGGUCCAGGGAAAUUCAUUCCCCCUCUGGACUGCAAGUUGCGUUUCCCCUUCAAAAGCAACCCACAGCAUCGCAAUUCAUGGGGUCCUAAUUCAGGCUUCAUGCUUAUGGGAGACUGUAUGGCUACACCAAGGCCUAACAGCGAGCCUUCUCCUUCUGUACUGGGUGACGAGAGUGGCAAUGAAGCCCAACUGAUGGAACUGAAUCCUGGCUUUAGGCCAGAAAUGGAAUUUACUAUGGGAGCAGUAAGUGCACCCAGCCCAAUACCACAGAGAAUACAGAUGUUGCCCGAUAAGUUGACAAUGCAAGGGGGUAACCCGAGAAUACGGACUCCUAGCCCUCACAGAGGUUGGCAUAGCUUUGGAGGAGCUGUACAUCAGCCAGCUCAGCAGCAAAAACACCACCGCCCACCACAUCAACAGUAUGACAGCCUGAAUAACCACAAUGUCCAUUACCAACAGCAACUCUACCGUAGAAAUUCCUUUGACAAUGCCUCACAGGGACGGCCCAAUGUCUACCGGCAGACUUCGAACCCUCAAGAUCGAGAAAGUCAUCACCCCAAAGAGCACUUUCAACCCCGCAAGCCAAACCACCACCAUCACCACCCGUAUCACCAACAGAUGCCACUGCAGAAUCCGUUGUUCUUCCAGCAAAUCCGACCAAACUUCCCAGAAACAGGAAUGGGGCGUUACAACCCCCAGCCGGACUUUACCAACUAUGGACCGCAUCACAACUAUCAGGAAAGGGCUGGCCCGACUCAGUCUAAGUUUCAGGGCUACACCACGCCUCCUCGAAUGAGGCGCCAGUUUUCGGCCCCAGAUUUGAAAAACCGUGAGACUCCAGUUUGAUGCAGCCACUUUUUGGGGGGAUGGGGUGCACUUUGUGUGCUUGUGUGAGUGCGUGUGUAGUCCUACUUGCUAGGGAAAAUGAGCUGAAGUGCAAAGGUAGUGGGGCAGAGAUUGCAUAUAAGGAAAAUAGGAACCCCUUUUGGUGGGCUAUGUUGUUCCUGGUGCACAUCACUGAUUCUUUGGUGGAGCUGUGAAAAUUGCCAGCUAACUCAGUGUUGACCUCAUUCUUUUGAAGUAAGAAAAAUUGAAAGGAAGAUUAUAGGUGCCGAGUUCUGUCAUUAUAAUUACCAUGCUUGGAUUUCCACAGACAAAAUCUGGUGGUGAUGAGGAUUCAGACAUUCUGCCUAGAAUUUUCUUUUUGGAUGAGGCUCUGUAUUUCAUGUUCUAGAGCAAAGGUGUCUAACUCUGUUUGUUGAGAGCAUUAGAGGUUGCUGAUUUUCAUUCCAACUAUGGUGUUAAUUGAAGGCUAACUGUAUAUCUAAACUCAGUGAAUGAGCUUAAAAUUGGGUGGGGGGUGGGCAUCUGCAGGAUUUUAUUCAACCAUAGUCUUUAAUGUGAUGGUGUUUCACACUUUAGCUGAAUUGCUUGCUUAAUCAGGCCUUGUUUUCCUGUUUUUCCAGGUUGUUAGGUGUUUGCUUAGUGUUUCAAUUCAAUUUCAUAAUGACGUUUCCUGACAUGAUGGGAGCUCCCUUCAUGAGGUGCUACAUUCAGUGUCCUAUGUGUCCUUCACAUUUAUGCACAUUAGUUGAGGAAGUGCUGACUGCCAUUACCUGCUGAUGAUCAACAUGUCAAAUUAUGUUUAAACAGAAUUCACGGAAUAGCCCACUUCACAGGAGCACUUGAAGAAGCAGAACACAAACUCAUAGCCUAAAAUGAUCUCUGUGACAAUAUCACUAGGCCAAUUUGAAACCCAAUCUCUUGAGUUCUGAAACAAACAAAAAGCAUAAUAAGAAAGAAUUUCUGGUAGAAGAAAGAAUGGCCCUCUGAUGAGUUCCUGCACAAGGGUGAUGAGAAUCAGUGUGUUCAUCAUAUGCAAUAGAGGCAAAGUCUGCAUUGUAAGUUGUAUAGAGAGGCCAGCCUUCAGGUGCCAGACCUGUUUUGGAAAGCAUGAGGCUCUCCUCAGGAUGAGUGAACUUCAUUUGUGCACACAGGCAUUUAGAAUGACUGGCAGUUGUUCAAUCCAAGCUCCUUUUGUCCGUCUUUACCCACCUGAUGAAAUUCUGACCUUCUGUUUAACCUCACUACACUUAAUUGACUGAGAAUAUGGUAGACUUUCUACUUACAUUAGAGAAGCCUCUUUAGUUUUAUGUGAAUUAAUAACUUGCUAGUUAGUUCAAUCAUCAUUUUAUCUGAUGCUCAACACAGAGUACACAUUCACAAGAAGCCAGAUUUCUCCUGGUUAAUUGGUGAGUCCAAAUUAGUCAUGGUCAUGUUUGAGUAGGCUUUGCAGUGGACUGGUGUUUUGUCCAGAGCUUUUCCAGCACCACCUAUUGCUGCAGGAUAGGCUUUAGCCCACUGUGACCUUCAGCUGGAUUAGGGAUGUUCUGAGAAAAUCACGUUAUAUUAUAUAAAACUGCCACAAAAUAAUAAUCCUGUAUAUAACUUAGGCCUUUAGUCCAACAGCCCGAUAUCGACCAUGCUUAGUAUAAAUAAAUUGUUGUCAAUGGCAAGGCCACUUUCACUGAUUAUUGACAUCUUAUUGGCUUAGGAAGGACUUGGCAUAGAACACAUCAAAAAUGUCAUUCACAUCUGAGGAGCUACAGUAGGUCUGUCAUCCACCACUGUGUAGACUGUCUGUCACAGCUUUACCAUAAAACUUCUUUAUUUUAUUUACCUCUGUAUUCAAUUUCAUUCUAAGACUACCUUAGAUGUGUGAAAGUGAAUAUUCUGACAUCAUGUAGCAGGAACAACUGGAGCAACACUCCUUCUGACGUGUCUGCCUCCUGAUUUGACAUGCGGCAGCUCAAGGUGCCAUAGAUGUGGACAAAGUGAAACUGAUUUGUAGUGCAAAUCAAGGAUAUUAUGGGCCUGGCCAGCUAAGGCAGUGGAUUUUAAAUUCACUCUAUGAUAAGAGUGUAUUUCCUCUUUUACUGUUCAUAAAGAACAUUAAAACACCAUGUAGUAUGCAUAUAUAAUAUACUUUGACACAAGUAUUUUUAAAAUUGUUCUUAACACUUAGAAUAAUAAGAAGUAAUAUAGUAAGCCACCUACUGUACCAGUCAGCUUUAUUGGAUUUUAAACCAGAAAACUGUCAGUUUAGUUCAUACUUUAGCUCACCUACAUGUAUUUGCAGUUUAAUUCCUACUGUAGCUCACCUACAUGUAUUCUCUGGUUAUAAAUAUUAUGGUAAUAAACUGUAGUCUAUUUUAAGUCUUCUUGGGUAAAGUCAAGUUUUAUUUGUCACAUACAAAUAAACACACAUUGUAAAUUGUAGUGAACUGCUUAGUUACAACAAGAAAUAUACUUAUUAUAACAAACCACAACCCCCAAAAUAAACACAAUAACGUUUGUCUUGGAUAAUAAGAGAGCUGCUGUCUCCUGAUAACAUGCUUGGAGAUGGGAGAUGUAGUUGGAUCUGCCGAGUGAUGCCACAGCUUUAAGGCAUUAACCAUUUGGAUUGAGCAGGUCCAGUUGCUUGUGUAUCCAAAUAGAGCAUGCCGGCAGAAGUUUGUUUCUGCCAAAGUUCCGUGGUUGCAGUUCCCAGCAUUCUAAGCUAAGAAUGAUUCAUUCAUUAUAGUGUUGGUAAAGUGUUUCUGUUGCUGAGUUAAGUUGCGUCUUCCUGAUUAAUGUUUAUUAUCUCCCUAGGCAGUAACGUGGAUGAAUUCAGUCAGCAUUUCAAUGUCUGGAUUACACAUUUUAGUUUUAAUUAUAAUAUGCUUGCUUUUUUGCCGUAAUUCAUUCACAAAAAUCUCCAGUCCUUCCUACCUUUUCCACUAUAUAUGAUUGUAUCAGAUCAAACCAAUCAAGCAUUAAAACAGCAUAUGAAAUAAGAAAAUUAAAGUAACUCACUGUGACUCACCAAGUUCAUCCAAAGGGAUGGGAGGAAUACUUAAUUGACAAACGUGUGGAAUCACCACAGCACCAUGAAGUAGAUGACUGAGUUAGAACUGUUGAUUACACUUCUUAAAUACAGAGUUAUUAAUUACAAGAGUAUAUGAUUAGUGGGCAUUUUUCAUGUCUUUGCAAGUUACUGAUAAACAGACCCUUGGAGUCAGCAUUCUGCUCCACUUGAUAAUAUUGGUUCUUUUAUCAAUACUUAACCUCGUGCAAAAGUAACAGUGGGACUGGGUCACAGAUCAAUAGGCUUUAAUUAAAAUGCUUUCUAAGAGUGCUAAGGGCAAAAGUAAUCAGUUAAUAAGAAGGUAACUCAAAUUUAAUAUAUUUAAUAUACAAUCAAAAAAUGAAUCAUAAUUAACAGUAAAAAUCCAAUCGGACAAAUAAUUUCCACCUUACGUUCAUCCCCACUCUGCUCACGUCAUCCUUUCCAUCUUUGGACAAGCUGCUCCAUUGAUAAGGUGAUAACCCCCUAGGCGGUUGUGAUCGCAGUGCUAUAUCCCACUUUACAUUCCCUAGAGUCUCAUACAUCCUCAGAUGUUAGACAUAAGGUAGCCUUCAGAUCUUCUACGCUUACCCUCAGAAGUUCACGGCUCGUCCAGAAGGCAGUGGAGAUGGGCCGACACCCAGGUCUGUGUUUGAAAUAACAGCAGCUCAUCUUCAGUUUAAAAAUCCAUUUAAAACUUAAUAGUAACAAACCAGAAGUGAAAUUUAAACAUUAAUGAUAUUAGAAAAUGUGAGUUUAUCAAAAAAAAAAAAAAAGAAGAAAGUUUCUAUGAAGGCAGCUGCUUGCACGGUGCCCAGAAUACUAAUUAUUCCUAUUAAUAGUACAUAAAGGCUGAAUAAAAGAUUAAUCCUUUAUAUACUGUGUUAUCAUUAGUAUCAUUUUCAUUAAGCACACCAUCAGCAUGUACCUUUUUCAAAACCUUCAAGGUAAAUGACUGAGAAAUACCAAAAUUCCAAGAAAAGCCUAAGCAAGUGGCCACAAACCAAAGUGACAUGAAGAAUUCUUAGUGGUGCAUUAUUCUAGAGGCUCUGUGAAUUCCACUAAGAAAAGAUAAAAGUGGGCAAAUAGGGACUUCAUUUUUUGUUUCUGACAAAGGGCUGACACUUAACAUGUCACUUUCAUGUUUAUACAGCACCCUUUGUGAAUUUCCCCCUGGGAUUAAUAAAGUAUCUAUCUAUCUAUCUAUCUAUCUAUCUAUCUAUCUAUCUAUCUAUCUAUCUAUCUAUCUAUCUAUCUAUCUAUCUAUCUAUCUAUCUAUCUAUCUAUCUAUCUAUCUAUCUAUCUAUCUAUCUAUCUAUCUAUCUAUCUAUCUAUCUAUCUAUCUAUCUAUCUAUCUAUCUGUCUAUCUAUCUAUCUAUCUAUCUAUCUUUAUAUUAUUUGUAGGCUUUAGACCAGCAAACGCAAAACUAUCAACCAAGUUUAAAAAAUACAAAAAUCCGAGUUGGCAUUUAAUUCAUCCAGUUCAGGGUUACAGGGAGCUGGAGAUUCCACAGGUAGAAUCUUGCGGGGUUGCCAGUCCAUCACAGCCUCCUACAUUCAGCAGAAUGAGUUUGCUAUCACCCCCCAUUGUUCAUUAUUAACCCACACCAUGACUUUAGAACACAACAUGAAGGAUUUGUAAGUUGGAUGAGCUUGGGUGAGCGAUUUCACUUACUUUUCAUCACCUGAACAGAUUCUGGCACUUGAAAGCUUUGCCUCUGCUCCGACUUGGUUCUGUUUUCAACAGUAAGAAAGAGGAAGACUUAGCAAGGGACAGAAAGAAUGGAGUGGUAUUGUAAGAAAGUGAUGGGUAAGAUGGCACCAGCAAGUGCCAUGGAAUGGUUUGUGGAAGUAAAGUUGAAGGUGAGUGGAGUGGAAUGGAGAUAUGGUGGUACUGAACUGUACUGAAUGACACUUUUUUGAUUCAAGAUGGAUUUGCUAGCACUACGCCCAGGCCUCUUGCCAGUGUACAGUUGGCACAUGCACAUUAAAUUUAGUGGGGUUGAUUCUGAUCGGCGGUUGGAUUAUUCCAAGACCUUAGACUUUUCAUUGUGCAUAGGUGCCAUGUUUGGUAUUGUAGCUAAUCUCCUAUAAGUGCUCUGAGUCACCAUAGUAUCAGAUUCCGCAGUAUCAAAAUGAACUGAAAAUAUCCUUGUAUGAAGUAGCUCUCAUGGUUAGCAUUUCUGCUUAUGCCAGAGCUACUUGGCCGGGUGUCAACUGUGUUUGUGGAUGGCUCUGAGUGAUUCAGACCUUUAAGGGUGAGAUCUGAAGUGUCAUGUUAAAGCAUUAUGCAACUAUCAAGUGUGGCGACUUUAAACAUUUUGAGGUUCUCCACACUCCUCGUCUUGACUUGUAUAGUGUCUCGAUCAGAGCUGCACUGGGUUUUGCCGGUGGUUGAUGGGUUUCAGACAUGUUAGAUAUCAUCCCUAUCAAUGGUUAAGCUAUUUUGGGUUGGGAUCUGCCAUUUUAGUGACUUUUUAUUCAUGUCUCAAUGUUAUGCCACUUGGUGACAAACAGGUAGAGGGGGAAUUUAUUCAGUUUGAGUUUCCCCCUGCAGCAGGGAGAGCUCGCUCUGUCUCUCUUUCUCUCUGUCUGUCCACAUGGCUUAUUUCUACAAAGAAUCUUUCAAGUCGGAUGGAGUGGAUUGCCACAUGUGGGUAUGUGUAUGUGUGUGUGUGAGCAUGUGAUUGGUUUAUUUACACAUGUGCUGUCACGCCUGAUCCCACUAAACCGCCUUGUGACAAAGGAAGCUGCUAAUGAAGACUUUUUCUAUUUUCUCCACAAGGCGUGGUGGGUAGCCGACUUGCACUAGAAGUCUGCUGAUGUUGGUGUCGUGGUAUCAAGUGCUGGCCACGUUCUGCCAGGAACAUGCAGCAUAACUUCCAAGAUGCUGCGAUGGCCACCUUGUGGGCCAGAAGUGAUCGGCUUGAUCAUCUUCCUUAUUGGGGGGUGUAUUUUAAUUGCUAGAAAACUGUGGACAAUUCAACAAAAAAGUCCAACCCUAAUCUGUAGGGGACUCCUUGCCAGCUUAGGUCCUCUAAAGCAGCCAUGUGCAGUGUUGAAGGUUGGAGAAAGCUUACAGGAGGUUGUCUUUAAAACGGUUUGUACACUACCAAAGGAGCUUUGUAGCACUUGUAGAUGUUAGGAGAAUCGCGUCGCUUCUGGCGCUUUGACUAUUAACGGAAUCUUGCUCCACUUUCAUAUGUGCUGCUUUUGACCAGUGAGUGCCCAGUUCCACUUGGACAUGUGUGUUUUCUUUUUUCCUCUUUCUUUAUAGGUGUAGUGUUUUAAAUGGAUUAAUAAUUUGUUUUUGUUUCAGUGGUUUAAAUGAGCUCUUUUUUCCAUACAAAAGCAUAUUCUGAACACUUUUUUUAAAUUUACAAGGCUCCAAAUUGGCUUUUAUCCUAUUAGUUAUAUCUGCACAAUUAUUAUAUAUGUAUGUAGUUUAUUUGUUUGGAAAAAAAUGUAUAAAAAAGAUCCUUGUUAGUAACAUGUUUUCUAGGCUUUAGUGUAUCAGAGAGGAGGCAUUUGAUGGCGUGUAUGUUUUUGUAACAUACCACUUUUGUUUCUCCCAUAAAUAACUGGUGUGGAAAGGCAGUGUACAGCCACCGGUAAAUCUUUAAAAAAAAUAAAUAAAUCAGUUUUUAUAUACAGUAGUAGCUUUUCUGCAAAGGCUCUCAAAGGUCAGCAUGAUGCUGGAAGGGUUCCCUCCAUUGUACAUCAGACAGGGGAGCCAAGAGUAAUAAAAUUGUAAAGAAAAGAGCAAGCCUUGGCAUCUGUGGGGAGUAAGAGAAGCUGGCGGCAGUGAGGCUCGCCAUCUGCUUGAUGCAUUUUCAUUUGGGACAUGUUGGGGGCAGCACGGUGGCCAGGUUGUUAGUGCUCCUCUUAAAUUAACCAGACGGUCCUAAAUGCAAACAUUUGAGGUGGGUAGUGAGGCUCGUUGUUACUGGCCUUUCUUACUCCACACAUUUGGUGAGGAUUAUGAGACCUUUGUGGAGUCUGCAUGUUGUACCUGUGUCCCCCUUUGUUCUCACUUAACCUUACAAGUUUAACUGACCUGGGCUGAGGGUCUGCCCUGGCAGACAUGAGCAUCCCGUCCAGGGCUGGUGUCUGCUUUACACCUCAUAUUGCUGAAAUGUGCUGUAGCCCCUGGGCCCCACCAGAGCCUCAUAUUUGGUUUAUGAAUGGCAUCUAAAAACAGAAUUAUUAUUUUGUGUACACUUUUGUGUUUUUAUAUUUUUCUUCGUCAUAGGGUUGAAGAGAUAUAUCUGAAAUGGUGUUUAUUUCUCUCUCUCUUUUUUUUUUUUUUUGGAGCAUGCAUUUUUUUUUCUUUUCUAACAGUCUUUGCUAAUGUUUACUUUUGCUGGUUGGUUGUAUUGUUGUUUUUGUGUUCCUGUAAGAAAUUUUGAAUUUGGUUUAAGGAGAAAGAGAGGUUUUGUUUGGAAAGAAAUAAAGCGACAUGCAGACUUCCAGGACAGAGUGAGUCUGUACAGACGCCAGGCUACAGAGCAGAAGCUCAAGAGUGUCCUUUAAGACCAAUAAAGCUUGGUGAAAUCCUA